AUGCGCCUCUUGCAAAUCCAGGGGUCCACCACAGCUUCUGCUUCCAGCACCGGUGCCGGUGGCAGCAGCAAAAGGGAAGCCCCUAUCUCACUCCGCAUCACACAAUACGCUCUACACCGUCGGCCACCAUACGUCGCAAUAAGCUAUACUUGGGGCAAUGCGGCACACACCCACGAGAUCCGCGUCAAUGGCCGCCCGUUCUUGGUGAGGGCCAAUCUGUACAGUCUCCUGUGGCACCUCAGACAGCGAGGUGAGAGCCGCUUCCUGUGGAUCGACGCUCUGUGCAUCGACCAAGCCAAUCUCGAGGAGAGAAACUUCCAUGUGCAACUGAUGGGAAGCAUCUACCACAGCGCCGACAGAACUAUAGUAUGGCUCGGUCUGCCCAGUGAAGACAGACGACAAGCUAGAGCACUUGAGUUUGUCGCAGAGUUAGCGGCCGCAAUGUCCGUAAGUGACUCUCCCGCUCGCUCUCACGGGGGCAAAGGGGAGCGGAAACCAUCUGCGGCGACCCAAGACAAUUGGGAACGCAUGUACAUCACCGGAAGAGUCGGUGGGAAUACCGCGUCCAGUACAAACACCGGUACAAGUGCAGUCGUUGCCAAACUCGAAGCCCGGUGGCGUAACCUGCUCGACCUGUGUCGCGGUGUCUACUGGACACGGACAUGGAUCAUUCAAGAAUUCCUCCGGUCGCCUUCUCUCGAAGUGCUUGUCGGGACGGCAAAGCUGGACUGGACACUAUUCGAAGUCGUCGUGGGUAUGCUCAAGUCCACGUCCCUAGACGCAUCUACCACGACUUCAACCACGAUCACAACACUCGUCGACCAAUUCAUGCACACCCUCCCGGUCCGCCUCACCCUCCGCCGGACUCACCAUGCUCACUCUAUGCUCUCUGAUCUCGUAGCCGAAUUUUACGAUUCCAAAUGCGCAGAACGUCGCGACAAAAUCUAUGGCAUCCUCGGCAUCGCAGACGACUGUAGCGACACCGAAGGCCCACAGCCAGACUACUCCAAGCAUAUCGUCGAGGUCUAUUUUGAAGUCUACAGGUAUCUCUGUAUGCGAUAUCAAUAUCUGUCUCGAUCUCCUCCUUCUCCUUCUCUUUCAGGGACAGUGCCAUUCAUGCAGACCAUAUCCCUUACGAUCCGGGCUCUGAACAUAACACAAGCCGAUAUAGAAAAUUACCUCUCUGCAUCAUCAAACUCGACUUCGACGUCGAGCGACGACAAACCCACCAAGGAUAUGCUUGACAGCCUCGUCUUCAACCUGCGACCAGACUACGUCAACGCGAUCGACUCCGUCCUCCCUGGAUGGACGAGUAUUCGUGAUCUUCGCCAACGGCUAGAUCAAGUGCCCUGGGAGAAAUACGUAGGCCACGAGGUCAGAAGAAAACCGUCGCGGAACGCGUCUGGUUCGACCACAUCCACAUCCACAUCCACGCAGACACCGAUACCGACAACGCCGUCGAGCAACAACGCCGCCACGACGACAGCCACGGUUGACAGUGUGACGUCGUCAGCAAAGGGGACAGAAUACGUUAGGGCCCCGUUACCCUCCGACCUCGUCAGUACCAUCAUCGCCGCCGCAACGCACGGCACCGACUUGACCAACCUCCACAACUACGCGACUUUGUCGGACAACCCAUCACAACCGCAGAUGCAGCCGCAAAGACCCACAUGUCGGAUCCCAUACGCCACAAUACUGAGCCACGAAGAAGACAAACGCACCGCCGACAACGCCGCCCUCCUCAAACCGAGCGUCAUCAUCGAAUCCAACCCCAAGGCCGGCGUCGAUCCUCUGCGUCUGGGCUUCGCGUGCACAGACGUGAGAAGGGGCGAUCUGAUAUGCCAGUUCCGCGGGGUCGACGUGACGUUGAUUGCCAGACGGGUCGCGACGGGCGGAGCAUUGAAACUCGUCGGCCUGGCGCGCAUGGUAGGUCAUUCGGGAUUGAGGGAGGUCGGCAUACAUCCUGGAUGUAAGAGUGGUACUGUCACUACUCCCGCUGCUGCAAUUGCCGCUGCCGGGGCACGUGGCCGGUUUCAUUCGCCGUCGCGGGAUUCGCUUUCGCCUUCGCGUUCGUAUUCGAGCUCGCAGUCAGGAAGGAAGGAUGUUGGCGGAGGCGGAGGCGCGAGUGGAAGCGGAAGCAGAGACACAGACAAGGCGUGGUGGUGGUGGUCUGGAGUGGUGCUCCCUCCGGAUGAUGGGGACGACGCAGGUAUCACAAACGAUGUCGUUAGCCGUACGACGAGUACGGAUACGAAUACGGGCAUGGGCACGAGCACGAGCACGAGCACGAGCACGGCGACGAACAUCGGUAGAGAUACGGGUACUGACACGGGUCCUGGUGACCAUGACUAUACUAUCGAGACGGAUCCGCUUAGCCUUUGGGAACUGUUUAGACCGAAAUAG